CAUUGCUGACAAUUUGUUUAAUUUGUUUUUAGUAGUGUAAUUGAACAGUUGAUAUUUUUUUCUAUUACUAAACAGCUCUGUUAGCAAGAAAAAAGCAGAAUUAGUAGCCUGUGUACACAUUCUACAAAAUUAAAGAAAGACCAGAAUGGGCAACUGGAAACUCGAAGUCGGGAAAAUGGCUAUGUAUAUGUCCUUUCCAGUAUUUCUUUUCCAUUUCUUUAACCAGCCGACCUAUUUUGAAGAAUGGGUCACCAACACGAAGCGUCAAAUCUACCCCCCAGAAAAUGUACAAGAUAGGGAGGAUAUACAAAAUCUUAUACAAGAAAUGAGGAAAAAACAAAUGCAAAAUCUAGAAAGUUAAAACCAUAACGGAAUUUAUUCUUCAAUUACCGGAUAAG